UGUUCCCCCAAGUGGAGCCUCUUAAAAGGAGACAGCGAGAGGCAGUGGGAGGAGAGAGAGAGGUGGGGAGAAGGAGAGAAAACGGUGUGGUUGUGGAAAAGGCAGCAACGUGAGCGAAUGUUUGCAAGUGAAAAGGAAAGACAGUGGACACAGAAGGGAAAAUAAAGGGAGAGCGCGAGAUGCUGACAGAUUCCUGAUAGAUGUGCAAAAUGGCGCAAGCAUGUUCGACCUCCGCGAGCCACCAAUUGUUGUAGCUUGGAUCAUGAAGAGCUAGCUAACUGCUUGCCACCUUUUGCCUUGCUUUGUUUUUCCAAGCCUCGUAUUAUUUUAAGUGCUUAAAUGGCUACCAGAAAGCGCUGCUGGGUUUCAUGCUUACUUGGAUUACUCUUGAGUGCUUUAGUCGGUGUAACUUUAGGGGCAGAGCUAUCCUUCACUUUGGAGCCCAGUGACAUCAUCGCCGUCCAGGAGCAGCCCCUCAUGCUCCACUGUCAGGUGGAUGGCAUCCCACCGAUCACCACGCAGUGGAGGAGGAAUGGCAUGCUCCUGUUGGAGGACCAGGACUAUGCCAUGUUUGCAAAUGGCUCUCUCCUGAUUGGUCGGUUUCAGAGGACCAAGUUGGAUGGCUCUUCUGACGAGGGGGACUAUGAGUGCGUGGCUCAGAACUCCUUUGGGCUGGUGGUGAGCCGCAAGGCCCGGGUGCAGGCCGCAACGAUGGCGGAGUUCCACGUGCAGCCGCAGUCGGUGCGAGCGGAGGAGUCGGGGGUGUGCCGCUUCCAGUGCCAGAUCCACGGCCUGCCAGAGCCUAUCAUCAGCUGGGAGAAGGAUGGGCAGGAGGUGGACACAGAGGACGAGAGGUACACCCUCCUGCCCACGGGCGUCCUGCAGAUCACGGGCCUGCGCUCGGAGGACGGCGGCGUGUUCCGCUGCGUGGCGCACAACAGCGCCGGGGUCAAGCGCAGCGCCGGGGCCAGCCUCGCCGUCUCAGGCUCUCAGUCUUCUGUUUACAAGGAACCCAUGAUCCUUGUGGGCCCUGAAAACCUCACUCUCACCGUUCAUCAGACCGCCAUUUUGGAAUGCGUUGCCACAGGAUACCCGCGCCCAAUCGUGUCCUGGAGCAGACUGGAUGGGCGUCCGAUUGGUGUGGAGGGGAUCCAGGUGCUGGGCACGGGGAACUUGAUGAUUUCCGACGUCAGGGUGCAGCACUCAGGGGUCUACGUCUGCGCAGCCAACAAGCCGGGGACCCGAGUGCGCAGAACUGCGCAGGGGCGACUGGUGGUCCAAGCCCCAGCAGAGUUUGUCCAGCCUCCCCAGUCCAUCGCCCGUCCGGCGGGCACCACUGCAGUCUUCACCUGCCUGGCCCAGGGCGAGCCCGUGCCGCAGCUCACCUGGCUGAAGAACGGGCAGAUCCUGGAGCCGGGCGGUCAUGUCAAGCUGAGGAACAACAACAGCACGCUGACCAUCUACGGGAUCAGCCCGGAGGACGAGGCCAUCUACCAGUGCAUUGCCGAAAACAGCGCCGGCUCCAUCCAGGCUAGCGCCCGGCUGACGGUGCUGUGGGCCGACGGCCUCCCGGGGUCCCCGGGCUCGGUCCGAGCUGACCCCCUCUCCCCCACCGCCAUCCAGGUCUCCUGGAAGGAGCCCGUCCAGAACACACAGGACAUCAUUGGAUAUGUCCUCCACAUCCGCAAAACUGCAGACCCCAUCGAGAUGGAGUACCAGGAGGCUGUCAGCAAGAGCACUCUGCAGCAAGUGGUGAAUGACCUGGAGCCCUCCACCAGCUACACCUUCUACGUGAAGGCCUACACCUCGCGGGGCGCCAGCAAGCCCUCGGACCACGUGGUGGAGAGCACGCCGGGGGAGGUGCCGGCCCCCCCAACCCUUUUCACUAAGGUGGUGAACUCCACCACGGUGCUGGCCAUAUGGGAACCUUCUGGAAAGAUGGGCCAGCACGAGGGAUUCAGGCUGUACUAUCGUAAGGUCCACUCAUCCCCUUUCACAGGACCACUGACUUUUGCUCGCAACAUCACCCAGUACAACAUCACGCAGCUGGACCCAUCGCUGGUGUAUGAGGUGAAGGUGCUGGCUUUCAACCAGCACGGCGACGGCAAUGCCACAAUGCGCUUCAUCUCGCUGAAGGAGGCCAUGGAGAGAUCUGGUGAUUGUCCCCUCACCGGUACACAAUGUGUGCUGAACACACCCUGUGACUGCGUGAAGGACGAGCAAAGCAAGACCUCCACCACUGGCAUCAUCAUCGGGAUCCACAUCGGCGUCACCUGCAUCGUGUUCUGCGUGCUCUUCCUCAUGUUCGGCUACAGGGGGAGGUUGAUGAUGUGCAAGGCGGUACGAGACAGGCUGGCCACGCCUCCAGCAGGACGCAGCGCACCCCUGGAGCCGUCCCAGGGCGCAGUGCCCCUGAACGGGGUCAGCAGGGCGGGUGGGGAGGGCAACGGGGGCAUCGCCGGAAAGAGCAGGGGAGAAACCAAGGAGCUGGAGAGACUGUUUCCAGGACGACACGCAGGGCUUACGGUGGAAGGCGUGGCCUCCUGCCCGCUGGACGAGACACAGAUGUCCACUUUGCCCUUGGAUGACUUCAGCCUGGUGGAGGAGGGGGAGACACAGUUCCAGGAGCUGCCAGCAGAGGGCAGGGGUAUGAGCGGGCAGCAGGGAGAAGGGUGAUCGUCAAAGCCCAUGACGUUCAUGCACCUCACACGCAGUGUCCCUGCUAUGACUGUUCUCGUUCUCAGGUCAAUUUAAGUAAUUCUUUUCAAUUCUUUUUUUUGUGCAACAAUUUAUUAGCAGUAAAAGAAACACCCUUUGGGGCAAAAAAAAAAUUCUAAAGUCAUUCAAGGAAACAUCCCACCCCUUGGAUUAGGAACGGUUUUAUGCCAGACAGCUACACUUAGUCUUGACUAGUGGGAAAAGAGAUUUUUCUUUCAUCCUUAUUUUGUUUUGUUUGACCGGCUGCCAGCAGCACAAACAGUAUGGCCCUGGAGUGUCUUUGCUUUCUGAAGAAAACGGAAAAAAACCUUCCAUAUUUGCAUUUGGAUUGGUCCUCUUACAAUUUGUUCUGUUUUCAUUUUUCAAGACAAAUCAACCCCUCCUGCCUACUUUCAGCCAAUCGGUGAUUCCAUAAACCCAGCUGUGAAAGACGACUAAGGCCUUCUUCCAGGGAUUUGAUACAGUAUAUUCUGUCUCAGGACUUUUUUUCUGUGCUAUCGGUGGUUUUGUUUGGUUCUCGGCCUACACGCAGGCUGAUUAUAGACCUGGACAUCAGCCCAAGGAUACACAACACAGACCUACCUCAGCCGGAAUGAAUGUGUUGAGGGAAGCAUUCUUGACCCUGCGUCUUCCCUUGUCUUCAGUUACUUUACACGUAGAGCGAUUGGUCGGAAAAAAAAAACAAAAACAGAUUCCGCACUACCUCAGAUGUUACGUACCUUCACUCUCCUGCUAAUUGAAGCGAAUUAAAAAAAAAAAAAAAAAAUCCAACGUAAAGCACUUCCAAACACUGAAGUAUAUAUUCUACCUCAAGAUGAUUAUGAUGAUGAUGCUGAUGCUGAUGUUUUUGCUGUUUGUUGUCGUUGUUGUUGUUGUUGUUAUUGUCGUUGUUGUUGUUAUUCUUUUCCAGUGAAACUUUUCCGUUUUGUCGUGAGAUCCUGGCUUCACCCCAGUGAAUCUGUGAAAGUGUCAGUACCUCAUGCAAGUGUGACAGAUGUUGUUUGAUUUCUGCUUGUAGAACUCCAUAUUUACACACUUUCCUGUGUACCCCCCCCCCCCCCCACCUCAUACAGAGUGAUUGUUCAUUUUAUAUCCUUUUUAGAUUUUUAUUUUUAUUUUUACGUAGACUGUUAAUGGUGCACUGCACUUACAACUUCAGGAAAAAUACAGCUAUGAACAGGAUUUCAACUCUUUACAAAUGUGCAUAUCUGCAUGUGUGUAGAUGUAUGUAUGUGUGUAUAUAUGAAUAUGGUUACUAUGCAUACCUUGUAUGCAUAAUAAUUGCAUAUGUGUGUGUGUGUUGGUAUGUAUGCGUGUGUGUGUGUUGUGUGUGCAUGCACACACACAUGUUAGCCACAUUUACACAUUAAAGCAGAUAAAUAUAUCAAAAUGUCAGUGUGGACAUUGACAGGAAUGAAUGUUAUUGCAGUUCUCAAAAUAAAUUGCUCUCUGAACUGG